AUGGCGAGCGCGUCCUCCGGGGGCGGGGCCCCGCCUCCAUGCCAGCCGAAGCCGAGGGCUAAGCUGAAGCAGCCGAAUGAUGUGCCGUGCUGCAUCCUGCGGGUGCGCGACGCUCCGCCACGGGCGGCGCCGGGCGCAGGGUCAGACGCUCCGGCGGAGCUUCCAGCACCGCCGCGCGCGGCCGCAGAGGAGGGCACGGGCGGCGCGGGCCUCGCGCCACCGAGCUCCCCUUGCCUGGGGCAGGCAGGCCCCGCAGAGGAGGGCGCAGGCACAGCGGGGCUCGCGCUAGCGAGCCUUGGUGGCACGGGAGGCGCUGGCGCCGCGGGCGAUGACCACGCGGACGCAGCGGAGCCUCCGCCAGGGAGCCCGGGUCGCCUAGACAACGGGCACGCGGCAGUUGCUGCCGCGCACUUGUCUUGCGUGGCCGCCGAGAUUGCACGGGAGUUCGACUACGCAGACGUCUCAGCAGCGGUGGCGUGGUCGUUGGUGACCGGCCGCCGCCUGCUUCUGGAAUUUGAGCGUUCGAGCCUUCAGAUUCCUGGAGAACUCUUCGCGGAGGUGGCCGAUGCGAUGGGCAGAGCCGGAGGCGAUGUCCAGGCCAGCGUAGCUCACCAUCCAGACGAGGCGCCGCUGCGAUUAGGAGUGGGCUGGAUAUCGCGGCACGAUGAGGACUGCACUGAGUUGCAUCAUGCAUCGUCAUUGGCAGACCUUGUUGGCAAGACGAAAGGCAUCCACUUCUUCCCCGUGUACGUCUUACCAGGGUUGCAAAGUUUUUCGCCUCACGUGCCUUGCGACGGGUCCAAGUGCGGCGGCCGAGGUUUCCCGUGCAGCAGUCGCCUCGCCAGCAACUUGUCUACUCGGGGACUGAGUAUGUGGCCAGUGCUUGCGGACGGGGAUUGCCUGCCGCGCUCCGUCCUGUGGUGCAGGGGCGCACCUGACACAAAGGAGACGCGGUUGGCCGAGCGCGCGAAGGUUGCGUCCUUUCUGGCGAGCCAGGCCGCCAGCCCAGCGUGCUGCGCUGCCUGGGCGUUGGCCAUGGGGAGGUUGGCAGCGCUCUCCUCGGGAGCGCCUCCAGUGGGCCCUCCAGCGCUCGCGCUAGCGAGCGCGGGAGAGGGUGCACAGGACGAUGGCGGGAGAGAUUCCGAGACAGCAGCAUUCGUCCACGGCAUUUGCAACGCGGCUGGCCUGAACCCCACAUCAGAAAUGCCCGACGCGGGCAUCGUGCUGGGGAUGCGCAAGAAGGCUCCGCUCUUCAGAGAGAUGCUCUUCCAGUGGUUCUGCUCUUAUCGUGGAACGGUGAAGGGCCGCAUUCUUCCUGAGACGCUGAUAGACAAGGCCAAGCAUCUGCGCGCGAAGUACAUCGCGGAGCACUUGGAGACGAACCAAGCGGCGCCCCCGAGGAUCGACGUACCGAAGAUCACCAGCCAUUGGCUCAAGGACUGGCGCACAGAGUAUCACGUCAGCCUCCGAACCCCGAACAAGAGGUGGAAGGUUCCACGGUGGAUGUGGAAGGAGAGAGUGAAAAUCUAUUGGUGCAACUUGCUUCGCCUGCGCAGGUGGGUGUUUCGCCACCACGGAUACGACCCUCACAUUGAUUCUUGGGACCAGAAGCCCAUUCACAGAGCGGAGGGAGGGUCCCACGCGAGGAAGACGUUGGCGUGGAAGGGGGGGGACGUGGAAAUCGUGGAGAACCACGGGCACACGAGAGAGCGGUGGACGGCUAUGACCAUGUGCACCACAGACCAAUUGCGCGCUAGCGCGGUUCCUCCUGCGGAGCUCCUCUUCAAGGGCGGCCCAAUUGUUUUGGGUCGGCUGCAAGAGGAGUUGGAGGAGGCCCGCGCGGACAACCUGUCGGCCGCACACAAGGUCACCGUGCAGGUCUCCCCGAGCGCGUCUUACGCCACAGCGGAGGUGCUGGAGUUCAUGAGAAAGCAUCUAGAGCCUCUUCGGCCAGGGCGGGAAUGGCGGAUUGCCUCUUUGGACGUGUACGGACCUCAUCAGGCAAAGGAAUUGAUCGACGUUUGUUGGGAGCACGGUUAUGUUGGCCCCGCGCUAGUGGCGCCUGGGACCACAGGUUCCCUUCAAGGAAACGACACCCACUUGCAUGGGCCGUUCAGCGGGCACUACCAGUACAACGAAUCCGUGACAAUUUCAGCCAAGCAGGAGGCGGAUCCCGCAUCCAUGGGGAGCAUGACGCACAGAGACUGCAUCCGAUGCUUUUGCUCGGUUUGGGACAAUCCGGAUAUGCACAAGCGCGCCAGCGCGUUUGGAGUGCACAACAUGGAGUACGAUCGCGGGAACUUGCCGUGGGCGAAGGAGACCAUUGCACUCCUCGUGACAGUGUACCCGAAGAGGGGGUGCCUGGACCGUUACCUGCCCGGCCAGGACGACGAGGGGGAAUGCGUGGACCAGGACAACGAUACACCGUGGGACGAUGUUCUCCCACAGGAGGACCCCCAGGAUGCCAUCGUGGCGGCCGACGAGGAAGAGGUCCGCACGAGCGGCCCCCCCUCGAGCAGCACCCAGGGCGCGGCCGAAACAAGCGCCCAGCUGGAGAGGGCGCAGUGCGGGGUAUCGAAGGUGGAGUCCGUGGACAUCAUGAUUGAGCAUGCCCGCGCUAGCGGGCAGCAUUCUUUGCAGGCAUACUUGGAAAGGGAGCGCCUGAAACUUCUGAAGCAACUGACUGGCGCGAAGCAGGAGAACCCCGCCGUGGCCGAGGCGGUUCUCGGGCGCUUGCGUUUUGACGAACAUGAGCGCCAGAGGCGCGCAGAGGAAGCCAGAAAACACCGAGCGGACACUGAUGCUGCGAGGGGGGUUGAGGCCAAGCUGCGCGAGCACGCUUGCAGAUUAGUGCUUGCGGAGCGCGAGGUGGCGCGGCGACAAGCAGAAGAGCAGCGGCGGAAAGCCGUCGAGCACGCCGCCGUGCAUUUGGAACCGCAGAUGUUCUCUGCCGCGGUGGCAGGCAUCCGCACGGCGCAGCACAACCGUUGGAAAGCUUUCGAGCGAGUGAUGCUUGUCGGGGCUGCAUUAUCGCCAGAACAGGAACGCAACCUGCGGCACGACUGGCAGAAGUGGGAUGCGUUUGAAUCUCACAAGAACCCGCACGGCAAUGACUGGGCCAACAUGUUCAAGGCCCAUCUUUCCAGGUUGUUGGACCACUGCCGCAGUGGGAACGCCGACCGGAUCCAGGCCUG